UCAUUUCUCAUUUUUUUCAAUUUACAACUACUUGUUUCAAGGCUAGCAAAGAUACCGUAUGGAUAGAUCAAUAGCAAAAAUGUUAUCAAACCAACAGAUUCGCAAUUUUUCACGCGGAGUUGGUCACUUACGUAGAAGAGCUGCAAAAAAUAACGUGAUAAAAGUUAGGCCUGAAGAGCUCCGCCCAUUUUUCAAUCAAUAUUCUGUUCUUCCGAAUGGAAUACAAAACGAUGCAGAUGCAAAGCUUUUUUCCAAGGAGCUCCAACCGGGAGAACGGAAACUUUUAUUUGAUGCUUUGAGAAAGAUCACCGCCGAUCAGUAUAAUGAUCACAAAAAGGUGGUAGAAGUUACUAUUGAUCAUGAAGAUUUAGUAAAAGUCUGGUAUAUAAAUUUCAUUCCAAUGUUCGUUUACGGAUGUCUCGAUGAAGCAUUUUUAAUCAUUGGCGGUGAAAGCAUCAACAAUAUCUUCUCGGUGUACAACGGCAUGUCAAUGCUUGCCUCUGCAGCUGUUGCCAACAUCAUCUGCAACCUGUUCCUCCAACUGCCUGCUGACAGAAUUAAUGAUGUUCUUGGGUUCAAAAAGCCAGUACUUUCUGUAGAUCAAAUGAAUAUUCCCGAAUAUCAAUACGCUGCGUUUGGAGCCAAGUUGAGUGGAUUAUGGAUGGGGUUAACACUUGGAAUGUUGCCAUUAUUCUUCAUCGAUGACAAUUUAGACAAUCGGGCUUCUGAUAAUGGAGAUUUAUUAGUAUCUGUGGCUAAUACGAACGGAGAUGAAUAUUGUGAACUGUUUUGUGGUGAUUAAAUGGUUUUGAUCUC